AUGGACUUUCCAGUUGCUGGCAAGAACGCCAUUGUCACAGGUGGCGCAUCAGGGAUAAAUCUCGCUUUUGUUAAACUACUUGUGAGCAAGGGCGCCAACGUCAUCGUGGGCGACCUCCAAGAGUCUGCUGCGCUGAAGGAACUUGAGAAACAGCCGCGGUCAACCAAGCUGUUGUUCCAAAAGACGGACGUGUCGAAAUGGAGUGAGCUGGAAGCCCUCUUCAAGCGUGCACAGACAGAGUUAGGCCCUCUAGACAUCGUAUGCAACGGCGCCGGCGUAUUCGAACCUACAUGGUCCAACUUCUGGAACGACACAGAAACAGAGAGCUACAAGUCUCUGGACAUCAAUCUCACGGCCCUCAUCAAAGGUACACGCUUAGCGAUCCGAGACCAAAUAACACGAUCCAAGGGUCGCAAAGCCGGCGGCACGGUCGGCGUGAUCCUCAAUAUCUCCUCCCUAGCCGCACAACGCAUGCUAUUCAAUCAACCGAUUUACAGCGCCGCAAAGGCCGGGGUGUCGGCAAUCGUGAGGUCUUUAGCCCCUCUACACGAGGAAUUUGGCAUCAAAGUGGUCGCCGUCGCGCCGGGAAUGGUGUACACGCCGCUCUGGUCGGACCAUCCUGAAAAGCUCAAGGCCGUCGAUGAAAAGGACAUCUGGAUCACGCCCGAGGAGCAAGCAGCGGCAAUGCUCGACGUGGUUGAGAAGGGCGAAUACGAGGGCGGCACCGUGUUGGAAACGCUCAAGAACUUUACUCGCAAGGUGUACAUUGACAGCCCGAUGCCUGAAGGUCCUGGCUCGACGCUUUCCAACCUAGAUGCUAUCACAAAGGACACUAUUGCCCUGUUAGAGGAAGAGAGGAAGGGUGGGAAAGUGAAGAACGGUGUGUAA